AUGACAGGCCACUCCGUCUCCACCGAAGCAUCCUCUGAGUCCUCCACCUCCUCCUCCCACCACACCCUCCAUGCUGUCAAGGUCAUCUGCCGCCUUAGACCCCAUCUUCCCGCUGAGUCUACCGUCGACAAGUCCAUCAUCCAGAUCCUGAACAGCACCCAAAUCAGAAUCACCAGCCAGUCUCCAUAUCUCCGCCGUUCUAGCGGCCAACGUCAUGAUAUCUAUGCUGGCCAGGUCCUGGAAAUGAGUGCUGGUAUGAUCCGACACAUCCCUAAAGUUUUGGAUUGGAUGUACGGGAUCAGGGAAGACACACACACACUGCAGGGGUCGCCGAGUGAUCCAGGGAUCAUACCACAAGUGUUGCGGACGAUAUUUGGGCGAGUGGAAGCGCUCAGGACAAGCGCGGCGAGCAGCUCGGGGAGCUUCUAG